AUGUGGCUUAUUAUUGGUAUUAUUGUUCUUAUUUUAAUUGUACUUGUAUUAGGAUAUCUACUUCGUCCGAUUUAUCGACCUACAUGUCUUAAUCUUCGUGAUGUUCAUGUUGUUAUUACAGGUGAUGAUAUAGUUGUACAAAUGACACGAUGUUCAUUUGAUAUUCAUGUUCAAGAAAUACUUGGUACAUUAUUAGGCGGAGGCGCAUUAAUUAUGCUUCAUCCAGGUGGAACGAUUGAUUUCGAUUAUUUAUUCAAAGUGUUAGAAAGCAAGCAGAUUACAUAUCUACAUACUGCACCAAGUUUAUUGCUUAGUUUUUUUUCUUCAGUGGAGCAAAAUAACAAUUGGCAUGUUCUGAAACAUCUUCGAUCACUUUGCAGCAGUGGUGAACCUUUUUCCGUUUCAUUAAUUGGUUUGAUUGUGAAAAUCGGUGUAGCAAACUGUAUUGUAUGGAACUUGUACGGGCCAGCUGAAGCAACCAUAGAUUGUACUGUUCAUCGUGUGGACGUCAGAAAUGACACACAGAGCAUUUCAACUGGUAGACCACUUUCUAAUUAUCGAUGCAUGACUAUCGAUCAAUAUCUACAAUCAUCUGCUAUCGGUCUAGAAGGAGAACUACUUAUAGGAGGAGCAGGUGUCUUCGCUGGUUACCUUGGACGUGAUGAUUUAACGGCAAAAGCUCUUGUUGAAAUAAAUGGCCAACUAUUUUAUCGAACAGGUGAUCUUGUUACAAUGGAUAACAAUGGACGUCUCCUUUAUCAAGGAAGAAAAGAUCAUCAAAUUAAACUUCAUGGACAACGAAUUGAACUUGGUGAAAUCGAACGAUGUUUACUCAACAUCACAUUCAUCUCUGCUUGCGUUGUCAUGAAAUGGAAUGAUGAUUAUUUAGUUGCCUAUGUCCAAUCUUCUCCUCAUAUGAAGGAAGAACAACUACGUGAACAUUGUCAAUCUUAUCUUCCACCACAUAUGAUACCAUCAAUAUUUAUUAUACUUGAGAAAUUACCUUUGAAUGCUAAUGGAAAAGUAGACCGAAAACAGCUUCCUUCACCCGACUUUUCAUUAACGACUUUGUUAUUACCCGAUAAAUCUGAUAUUGUUCUUAAUCAGUUCGAAGAACGUAUACAUACUAUUUGGUGUCAAGUUCUUCAUUGUAAUGAAAACCAUAUUCCUAAAACUACCAAUUUUUUCAGUGUUGGUGGCCAUUCACUUUUAUUUAUUGAACUUUAUCAUCAUUAUCAAUCGGUAUUUAGCUUUGAUGCUCAUACACUUUCGAUCGCCCCAUUUCUUCAACAACCAACUAUAUCUCAACAUUCGCAACUACUUCAAACAGUUAUAAUGAAUAAUAUCAAGGUAACUCAAUGGCACACGUUACACAUAAAUAAUGGUAUUGCCUCUUUUGCUCAAGAACGUAUAUUUCUUGAUGAACAAGUUCGUUUUUCAAGUGAUACUGCUAUCUAUAAUGAACUGUCAACUUUACAAGUUGUUCAAGGAUCAUUACCAUCAAAUCGUUUAUUACAAGCAUUUCGAUUCGUUUUGAAUAAACAUAAAAUAUUACGGACAUCUCUUAUCUUUAAUAAUGAUAAUAGUAGUUUGAAACAGUGCAUUACAGAUAUACAUAAAACAUUCACAAUAACUAUGAAUCAAACCUUUCAAAAUGAUAACGAACUUCAAGACAUUAUUUAUCAAACAACUAUUAAUCCUACACUCUUCGAUUUAUCAACUGGUCAUGUUUUUCAUGCUGAAAUUGUGAGACAUCAAACAUCACUAAAUGAAAAUGAAAAUAAUAGCAAUACGUUCAUAAUGAGUUCGGAUAUUCUCCUCAUUGCUUUUCAUCAUGCAGCAUUUGAUCGAGCAAGUCAUUCAAUUUUUUUUAAUGAUCUAUGUUGCGCUUAUAAUACUAAUGCAAUAUCAGAAGAAGAUGAUAAUGAAUCAUUGCAAUAUAUUGAUUAUAGUAUACAUGAACAUCUAAUUGAUAUAACAACAUCUCGUGAGUUUUGGUAUUUACAAUUAGAAGAAUACAAUCUCGACUCUCGAUUGUUAUUACCAGUUGAUCGACAUCGUUCGUCUAAUGAUCAUCGAUCGAGUUCUGCUUCUGUCAUUCAAGUUUCGUUUGACAACGAGAUUGCACAAUCAUUUCUUGAUUAUGCUUCUAUACAUCAUGUGACACCAUUUCAGUUAGGUCUGAGUGUUUUUUAUGCUUUUCUUUUCAAGUUAACUCAUGGUGAAAAUGAUUUAUGUAUUUCUUGUCUUAAUGCUAAUCGAUACAGAACUGAACUGCAGAAUAUAAUGGGAAUGUUUGUUUCGACACUACCAUAUCGUGUUCAACUUGAUCCUCUUUGGUCAUUUGAUGAAGUAGUUAAAUAUGUACGAGAGAAAUGUUUAUCAAUUCUUGAACAUUCACAUUAUCCACUUCAGCAUAUUCUUGCUAAUUUACAUAUUAAUCAAUCAAAUAUUUCAUUUCUCGAAACAAUGUAUGACUUUAUUACUAUAUCGUUACACAGCGAUGAAUUAUCUUUGGAUGGAGCAAGUUUGAAACAAAUGUCAUUUGAACGAUCGUCUGAAGUGGCUAAGUUUGAUUUUAUGUUAACAUUUAUCUUUGAUCCACUGUUGGAAAAUCAUAGAUUAUCAUUUCUUUUAACUUGUUCACAUGAUCUGUUUGAUGAGAUUACAGUUAGAAAUAUAGGUCGAAGAUUAGAAUAUUGUUUUCAACAACUUUUUUCAUCGAAUCAAACUAUCAAUCGAAUUGAUACAUGUUUUACAUCUAUAUCGAAAUUUGAUCUUAUUCUACCAAAAGAAGCUCAAGAAAUGGAAGAUGUCAUCUUUUGUCGACAAUCACAUAUUAUAAACGAAGCACCAGCAUCUUUUGCUCAAUGUCGAAUAUGGUCAGAAAAUCAAAGAGAUGCCGAUACUGAUCAAUCAUGUUUAACGGCCUAUAAUAUACCGUUUUUCUAUCAUCUUUAUACAGGAGACAUUUUAUCCGUGAAACAACUUCGUCAUGCUCUCGAACUCGUUGUUAACAAACAUGAAUCACUUCAUACAUCACUCAUCUAUGAUCCUAACAAAAACCUACUCAUGCAACGAGUUCUCAGUCAACAAGGUAUUGACAAUGGUAUGUUCAUAAUUACUGAGAGCACUCAUGAAACAGAUCAACAACUCAAUGACAUCAUGUAUGAAAAAGAAUACAAUCCUCAACUGUUCGAUGUUGCUCAAGGUCUUGUCUUUCGAUGUCAUAUUAUUUACUAUAAACAAAUCUCUUCAAACAACAUUCUUUCCAAUAAAGAUAUAAUUAUCUUCAAUUUCCAUCAUGCUUUCUUUGAUUAUCCAUCCAUAAAUAUAUUCCUUCAUGAUCUUGAUCAAGCUUACAAAACAGGUCAACUCACAACUAAUAAUGAUACUACUCUACGUUAUAUCGAUUAUGCUGUUAUCGAACAACAAAUGUCAAUGACUGGUGCAACUAUGUUUUGGCUUGAUACACUUCAUGAUUGUCAUCUCGAUCAAUCUUUGUCAUUACCAUAUGAUCGAUAUCGUCUUUCAAAUGAACAUCGAACUGGUCGUGGAACAUCUAUUUCUUUUGAUUUUGGUCAAAAUCUUUCCCAUGAUUUUCUUAACUAUGCAUCAUCAAACAAUAUCAAACAUGAACAUCUAGCACUUGCUACCUACUUUAUCUUCUUAUUUAAAUUAACGAAUGGUGAAAAAGAUUUAUGUAUUGCAAUGAAUAUCGAUAAUCGUUAUACAGAUGAACUCAAAUCAAUCAUUGGUUUGUUCGAGAAAAUCAUUCCAUUACGAUGUCAGUUAGAUCCUUAUUGGUCUUUUCAAUAUCUACUUGAUUAUGUUGGAAAGAUAACAACCAAUAAUAUGAAAUAUUCCUAUUUUCCACUUCAACGUAUUCUUAAUCAACAUUCAAAUGUUUCAAAACCUGCAUUUCUUGAUAUAUCUUUUCAAUUUCUAUCAUUGAUGACAGCAAUUGACAAUAAGUUAAUAAUGAUUGGUGAUAGUCUACUUUCUUCGAUACCUUCUGUAAUGAACAUUAAUGAUAAUAAGAUUAUAAAUAAGUAUGAUUUCUCACUUCUAAUUCAACAUAAUCUCAAUAUCAAUCAACUAUCAUGCACAAUCAAUGCAUCACUUGACUUAUUCAAUGUAGAAACAAUUGAUAAGAUAUCUCAACGAUUUCAUUCAAUCUUGAAACAAUUGUUUAUAUAUGUUGAUGAUGAAAUGAAUAAAUCAAUCUAUGAAAUAUCAUCAACAUUACCAGAUGAACGAUUACUAAUGCAAUCAAUGAACAAUACACAAGUAUCAUUUUCAUCUUCUGUCACUUGUAUUCAUCAUGCAUUUGUAUGUCAAGUGAUGAAACAUCCACAAAAACUAGCAGUUGAAUUGGAUGAACAAUCUCUGACAUAUGCUGAACUUCUAUAUUAUGUUCAAGUGUUAUCUCUACAUCUUAUAAAUAAACGUGUUGUUGUUUUAGGCGAAAUUAUAUGUCAAUGUGUCGAGAGAAGUCUGUCGAUGGUGAUUGGCAUAAUGGCAAUUAAAAUGAGUGGUGCCGUAUAUUGUCCAUUAUCACCUCGUGAUCCACAACAUCGUUUACAUGCUCUCAUACAACAAACAGAAAGUCGUCUCGUUCUUGUUCAUUGCUUGACAAAAUCCAAAUUGAAUAAUGAUAUUUUUCUGAUUGAUAUUGAAUCAAUACUGUUUGAUAAUAAUGUAAAGAAUAAUGUUAAUGUUAAUCAAUUGUCUAGUAUUAUAGUCACACCUGAUGAUAUUGCUUACAUCAUUUUCACAAGUGGUUCUACUGGAACACCUAAAGCGGUUCAGUUGCGACAUAAGAAUUUUACUGAAUUUAUGUGUUCGUUGAUUUAUAGUGAUGUAGUGAAUGAAAAGGAUAUAAUCCUUCAAGUCGCACGUUGUUCUUUUGAUGUUCAUGUUCAAGAUAUAAUGGGCACUUUUAUGAUUGGAAGUAGUCUAAUAAUGCUACAUCCAAGAGGAAUUAUGGACUUUGACUAUCUUGCUAGUGUUUUCAAAGAAAAGAAUAUUACUUGUAUUACUACUGUUCCAACUAUAAUUCAUAAUUUCUUCACUUAUCUCCAACAACAAAAUCAGCAUAAUGUUGCACAAUAUGUGCGAUCAGUUUGUAGUGGUGGUGAACCUUGUUCUAUGAAGCUAAUAAAUCUAAUAGUAAAUACUGUGACGCGUACAUGUCAAAUAUGGAACGUGUAUGGUCCUGCUGAAACAACAGUUGAUUGCACGUUGCAUCUUUUCAAUAACACAGUGACAACUCAAAACAUUCCAAUAGGCAGACCACUUUCAAAUUAUCAAAAUCUAGUUUUAGAUCAAUUCUCACAAAGUGUAUGUAUCAACCAAGAAGGAGAAUUGUUUGUCGGUGGUAUGGGUGUCUUUGGUGGUUAUCGUAGCCGGAAUGAUUUGGUAGCAAAAGCUGUUCUUGAAAUUGAUGGGCAGUUAUUUUAUCGAACAGGUGAUCUUGUUCGAAUGGAUAAUAAUGGCCUUCUUCAUUAUCAAGGAAGAAAAGAUCAUCAAAUCAAAUUACGUGGACAAAGAAUUGAACUUGGUGAAAUCGAACGAUGUUUACUUAACAUUACAUCUAUGUCUGCUUGUGUUGUCAUAAAAUGGAAUGACGAUUAUUUAGUCGCAUAUGUUCAGAGUUCUGUUGUUAAUGAACACGAGUUGCGUGAACAAUGUCAAUCACAUUUACCACCACAUAUGAUUCCAUCAAUAUUCAUUAUACUUGGUAAAUUCCCAUUGAAUCCAAAUGGAAAAAUAGAUCGCAAAUCUCUCCCUGUACCUGACUUUUCAUCGUCACCUAUUGAUAAUGCUGAUAAUGUACCACAUACUAUUCUAGAACAGCAAUUACGAGAUAUUUUUAGUCAAGCGUUUCAUAUUCAAUCGCCUCAUAUUGAGGUUCCUUUUAGCCAACUUGGUGGGACAUCUCUAGAUGCUAUACGUGCACUUACAUUAAUACGGCAACAGGUGUAUACUAAUAUUGACAUUGGUCUUUUAUUUGCUAAUCCAUCUAUUCGACAAUUGGCUAUAGCAUUAGAACCUUUGCUGAUUUCGAAUCAAUCUCAAGAGACGGUUUUCAUCGUUAAUCAAUCUCAUGAAACAUAUGUUCAUCUUACACCUUCAUUUAUGAUAGAAUCUAUAGGUAUCAUACUUCUUUUCUGUCAAUGGUUAUGGCCAAUCAUAAUAAUUCAUCAAUGGUGUCCAUUCCUUUUUCCAUUCCUACCAGCAUUUCAUCUUAUAUUCUAUGUCAUUUGCUCACAACUACUAUCACCGCGAAACAUCAAAGAUGACAAUCUUUUCUCUUGGAGUUAUUAUCGAUGGUGGUUUUUAGAUCGACUAUGGAAUAAUAAUACAUUUUGGUUGCAGCAUAUACUUGGCACAUCACUCUACAAUUAUUAUCUUCGUCUUUGUGGUGCACGAAUUAGUCUCAACGCACAUAUUUAUACCACAACUAUCGAUGCUCCAUGGUUGUUAGAAAUUGGUGAUGGAAGUUGGAUUGCUAAUGAAACCUGUCUGAACUGUUUAUAUUUUAAUGAUAAUAACACAUUCAAACUGAAUCCAAUAAAGAUUGGAUCUAAUUGUUCAGUCGGCACACGAUCGAUUUUAUACGAUGGAGUUGUUAUGAAAAACAAUAUUAUUGUUCAACCCAUGUCAUCGGUUACUGGUUCCAUCGCAUCUAAAACAGUAAUCGAUGGUGAAGAACAUAAGCCUGAUUCGUUGGAUGACUCUACUAUACACAGUAAUAGAUCAUUAUCGAUAUGGCAUAAAAUUUAUCAAAUGGUUGUACUCAUCUUGCUAAUCUGCAUUCACUAUACAAUUUUAAUUUUUGUCUACAAAAUUUAUUCAAUUAAACACAUACCAUUACCUAUCAGUAUUGCUUUUUGUUGGACUUUAUGGUCGAUAAUUGGCUGUUUUGUUUCUGUCAUUCUGCUUAAAUAUGUAGUCGGUUCCUGUGCGGCGGGUGACACGUAUUCCAUAGCUUCUUGGUCGUAUUUACAUAAGUUAUGGAUUCGCCAAUUAAUUGUAUCUAGUUUCCGUCAUGCAUGGUUGCUACCAUCUGCGUACGAUGAUAUUUAUCCUUUUGUUCUUCGUUGGUUAGGUGCUCACAUUGAAGAUAAUGUCAAACUCUAUGAUAUCGGUAUUUUUCUGUCUUAUCCAACAAAUCUGUUGAAACUUGAAACGGGGGUCACUGUUUUUGGCUACGUUUUAUUAGUUCCGACUGAGAUGACACUAUCAGGCGACCAUCGUGUUGAUCGUAUAACGCUUGGAGCCCAUGCGAAUCUUGCAAAUAGAUGUUCAAUUUUGCCCGGUAGUCAUCUUGCUUCUGAGACAAUGGUUGGCAAUUUAACACGCAUUUCUGGAGAAAUAAAUAGCAAACAAGGAGAUAUCUUUAUUGGUGUUCCAGCUCGUGUUAUGCCCUUUAAAAUGCCUCUUAGAUCGAAUAUAACCGAUCAAAUUGAAAAUACCUCACUUUGGCAUACAUGUUUCUGGCAUUUUAUUAGUAAAUGCCUUUUGAUAAACAUUUAUUCAUUAGGUGGUUUCAUUGGUGGACCCGUAAUUCAUAUAACACUCAUUUUCAGUCUCUAUCAAUGGUACUCAUCUAUACGUCUUGAACUAUUGCAGAACAUAUCAGGAAGAUUGACGCACGAUUGCCAACAAUUUAUUUGUCCAUUUCUCAGCAAUACACAAUGGUUGAUCCAGUUAUUUCGAGCAUUCGGGGCUCAUAUUGGUAAAGGAGUAGUCUUACCUGAUUUUUCCUGUCUUACUUUUUAUCAUUUGAUAACCAUUGGAGAUAACGUCCGACUUAAUAUGCAUGCUAAUAUUCAAUGCCAUAGUUUCGAGCAACGUAUCUUAAAACUAGCUCCCGUGACAAUCGGAAAUUCAUGUGUGCUUAUGAGUGGUUCAUAUGUAAUGGCAGGCUGCAAGUUGAUGGGCAAUAAUAAACUUUAUCCAUUUACACUGAUAAUGAAAAAUGAUCAACUAUCACCGAAUACUCAUUGGAAAGGGCUUCCUGCACAAUCUUACACAGCAAAAGCAAAAUUAUCUCGGCCAACACUAGUUUAUGAUGAUCUAGUAAAAUAUCAACAGGGAUACGAGACCAUUAAUAAAUUGUUUCUCUGGUACGAACGCAUUGCAAGCGUCUAUACAAAUGUAAACGAAUUCCAAUUUAUGAAUUAUGGUUAUGCAGAUAUGGAUGAAUAUAUCGAUGAUCAUACUGGCUAUUAUUCAAGAAAGCUUUAUGGACAGGUUCUUGCAAAUGUAACAUUAACAGAUCAGAAUAUCGUUGAAAUCAACUGUGGUAGAGGUGCUGGUGCUGCAUGGUGUGCUCAUACUCAUGCAUUUCACUCUUGUAUUGGAAUAAAUCCUUCUCAAGAUGUCAUUAACUUAUGUCAACGACUUUAUUCAACAAUUCCUCGACUUUCUUUCGUAGUAGCUGAUGCAACAAAACAUUUACCAUUUGAAAAUGAAUCAAUUGAUAUUAUUCUUUGUAUUGAAGCAACACACACUUUCGACGAACCAAUAGCAAUCACACAAUUUGCCAAUGAAGUCGUUCGUGUACUUCGUCCAAAUGGAUAUCUUCUAUGGUGUGAUUUUUGUUACAUGAAUGGAUCAGGUACAUCAAUUUAUGAUUUGAUAUCAAAUGACGAAUUAAUUAUUAAAGAAAAGAUUAAUAUUACAAUGAAUGUUCUUCAUGCACUUGAUAUUCAAAAUAAAUCUCGUACUGAUUUCAUUCAACGUUAUAUUCAACCUGAAGAACAAGAAUAUUUUCGUCUAUCUGCUGGAUUACCCGGUAGUCAAAUUUAUGAAGACAUGAGCCAAGGACGUUCACAAUAUUGGCGAAUUGUAUUUCAAAAGAAGAUAACAACGGAUAUAUCUGCCAUCUGA